GAGAGAGAUAGUUACAGAUGGAUGUAAGGCUGCAUUCACAUCACAAUUGCAGCCUACAGCUGCUGGAUCCGGCUGGGGGACGGGAAAACCGGGCGCUCCCAUAUCCCAGCCGGACCGGCGCUGAAACCCAUUCACUUUAAUGACCCGACCGGAAUCAAACAGUGACUCCGGUUGGCUCAAUUUUGGCCCGUGUCCGGUUGUGUAACCGGACCUAAAACCGCCCAGUUUCCCUGUCCCCCAGCUGGAUCCGUCAGCAGUAAUCGUGAUGUGAAUACAACCUAAGAGAGAUAGUGAGUACAAGGAUCUGGACCAUGUUCGUACCAUUCAAGUAAUCUCUAAAGGUAGAAGAUUCCAAAGCAUGGUUACAGAGCAGAAGAUGCUUUAGUAGUCAUGUAGGUUGAGGUAAGGGCAGGUGGGGUCCACUCUCAAGAUCAGACAGAUGUGGUCAGGUAGAAAACUGGGUCAGAAAUUGGGUAGACUGAUUGCACCAAGAUGAAUGGCAGGGUCACAAUUAGAACCCAGACGUUCAUGACCGACAGCUUUAGAGGAAACAAAUGAUCAUAGAUGUCCUUCAUCCUGGAAAAGCUACUGUCCCCAAGUCAGAAAUCUGGGAGAAGCUAGCAGAAAGGUACAUGACUACUACAGAUGUUUAAAGACUCCCUUUGGUGGUGGCAAAAUUUAUGGUUGGCGCGAUCUAAGAUUCUCUAGACUAUGCAAAGAAAAAUGAACCCAAACACAGACUGGCUAGACAUGGACUCUAAGAAGAAAAAAAGACUUCCCAAAAACUGUAAAGAAAAAUUGAGGGGUACAGCCAAAGCGAAUGUGGGUGCUAGUAAAAAGAUGCGUAAAAGAUUGCAAAACUGUCUAGUUAAAAAAAAAAAUUUCAGCCCCGGAUCUUGUAAUAAAAUGUUUAAAAAUAAAAAACAAAAUUGGAUAGACAGAACAUGUCCAAAGAAGCCUUAUUGCCCAAAGAGUGAUGAGAAAUAAAUCCCUAAGUAGUCUAGGGUGACAGAACAUUGGCUGAAAAUAAACAAAACUGUGGUGCAUUGGCCCUUUAAGAUGCCAGGUAGUCGUGUGUGAGCCAGUAACAGACGUGGCAGGAGGUAGGAUGCUGUACUUAAAGCUGCAAGAAGCAUGUCAAGCUGGAAGAGAGCUGCAGCAUCUGUGGCAGGUGAACAUGACAGUACAUCACAUUAGGCUGGGUUCACUUUUAUCCAGUACCUUCUGGAAGCCACAAGCUACUGUAUUUGCAUCCAACAUGAGGCCGUAUGCCCACAGAGAAAAUUUCACUUUGGAGCAUUAAUGUUCUUCAGAAGUUUCCAGCACUUCAACUCAAGACCAAAACCUUUUCUGUCCAUCAUGUAAAAUAAUGUACCACUGGGAAUUUUGACUUUCAGAUCUAUCCAUAAACUCAGCAUCAGAGCAAAGCUUGUGGAUUUAUUUGUAUAUGAUUUAUUAUACUUAUUAUAUAUUACCUAAGCGAAAUGGCUCUGCAAAAAGGUUUAUUAAAAUAAAUCUGACUGUGGGAUUGGCAGCAGGAAAUUCCUUGGGAAGCGGCACCCAUGGGUUUUUGCCCAUACACGAUAAAAAUUAAGAUGCCUUACUCUGUAAUCUGCCAUGUGAUUAUUGUAGGAGAACUCCACCCAUGGGAGUAAAGUCUCAAGAGGACACACGCCAGAAUCUGGAUGUAAGCUGAACUCAUCUGCAUAGAAACUACGUAAAGGUAAUGCGUGCAGUCAAGAGAUGUACUUGACAAGGAAGGAGGCCAAACAGACUGCUGAAGUAAGAAAUCAAAUUUGCCACUUUGGAGCAUUGUUCUACUACCACCCAGAAAACAGGACAGUCUGAAGAAGUUUGUAAAGUGAGCAACAGAGUUGCAGUCUUUUGAUGAAAACCUUUGUUUAGUGCAUACGUUUUACAGCAAGUCACCACAGAAUCCUUAAUCAUAGGCCAAAGUAGACCACCAAUAAUGGUAAAAAAGUUCAUAAGGUAAACAAAAAAAGGCCAGAGUCCAUCAAGUUCAACCUAUAACCCUAAUAAGUCCCUACUGAGUUGAUACAGAGGAAGGCAAAAAAAAAAAAAAAAUCAUACUAGAGGUAAAAAUUCCUUGCCGACUCCAAAUAUGGCAUCAGAAUAAAUCCCUGGAUUAACCUUCUGUCCCUAUAAAUUUAGAAUCCAUAACCAGCAAUGUUAUUACUUUCCAAAAAUGCAUCCAGACACCUUUUAAACUCUUUGACAAUUCACCAUGACCACCACCUCUGGCAGAGAAUUCCACAGUCUCACUUCUCUUACAGUAAAGAACCCCCAUCUGUGCUGGUGUAGAAACCUUCUUUCCUGUAAAUGUAGAGGAUGCCCCCUUGUUAUAGAUACAGUCCUGGGUAUAAACAGAUCAUGGGAGAGAUCUCUGUUCAGUCCCCUGAUAUAUUUAUACAUAGUUAUUGGGUCUCCCCUAAGCCUUCUUUUUUCUAAACUAAAUAACCCAAAUUCUGAUAAUCUUUCUGGUUACUGUAGUCCUCCCAUUCCCCGUAUUACUCUGGUUGCCCGUCUUUGAAACCUCUCCAGCUCCACUGUAUCUUUCUUGUACACUGGUGCCCAGUACUGUACACAGUAUUCCAUGUGUGGUCUGACCAGUACUGUACACAGUAUUCCAUGUGUGGUCUGACCAGUACUGUACACAGUAUUCCAUGUGUGGUCUGACCAGUACUGUACACAGUAUUCCAUGUGUGGUCUGACUAGUACUGUACACAGUAUUCUAUGUGUGGUCUGACUAGUGAUUUGUACAGCAGUAGAAUUAUUUCCUUGUUGUGGGCAUCUAUGCCCCUAUUGAUGCACCCCAUGAUUUUAUUUGCCUUGGCAUCAGCUGCCCAACACUGGUCACUACAGCUAAAUUUACUGUUAACUAAGAUUUCCAAGUCCUUUUCCAUGUCAGUCAAUUCCAUGUCAGUCGUAAUGAUGAGAGAUCCAAAGUUUAGCGCACACCCAGAUGAGCAGCAAACAUGGAGGAAUGGCCCCAACAGAGCAUUUGCUUUGUUUAUGAGGAACAUAGAUCUGACUAGAAGGGAUGUCACAGAUUUUGACUGUAGCUUCAGGCAGAAUGCAACUGAGACCAAUUAAAAAAACAGGUUUGAUAUCCAAAUCAGUACAGUGUAAACAGUGGGACAACUUAUCCACUUGGCUAAAAUAAGGAUAGAAGUCAAUAAGACGAUAAACCAACAAGCUUGACAGGGAUUCAAGUGAUUAGCACUGCAAGACAAGGAUUUCAUUUGGUCUCUUUUAGAGGGUAUGACCACAAACCUCUGCAGAAGAGGCAUCUACUUCCAGGAAGAAAGUUUCUGUAGGGCUUAGUGGAUGGAGUAUUAAGGCUGAAGAGAAGGACCAAUUUAACUUUGGAAAUCGGUCUCAGGAAUUAAGUUGUUAUAGUUGAUGUUCUUAGCUAAAUCAGUAAUGAGUGCCACAAGAAACAAGGGUACUACAUAGUUUACAUUAUUACACAAACUAUAAGAAGUGUUAGAUGGCCAGAGGCCAUGAGGAUGUGGCCAGUUAAGGAUACAGUUCUUGUGGGUCCAUUUUCAGAUCCUGACCAGAGAUUAUAUAUCCCAUGAAGGGAAGAUAAGUUUUCUCAAUAGGCAUUUCUCCAUUUUAGUGUAUAAGCCAAUUUCCUAGACACUGGGCAAUGUUUCCAUAAUGCACUUUGCCCAUCAAUACUAAAAGAAAGCCAUUAAUUCUUAAUUGGCAAAUUCAGCUCAAAAUCUUGGGCGCAGAACUGGAUAGCAUUUUGGCCCAGAGUGGAGUUACUGUGUAAAAGAAGCAGACAGAAAGCUGCAGAUAAAACCCAACUAGGUCCUCCGAAGGAUGCCAGAAUGAUCACAUAAACAUUGCGCCUCUUCCACCUUGGCAUGGUCUAGGCCAGUGCUUUCACAAGGAAGACUGGAACAGAUGUGCAAAAACGUCUAAGUGGAUGGCACCCUGGCUUAGAAAACCUCUGCAGGACUUUGGAAUGCCAUCAUAGUAAGGAAGUGGUAGACUUCAGUUGAAGGUAUUUCGAUGAGACCCAUGGCCUGAGCAAACUGACACAACAUGGAACUACCAAAACACAUUUGCAUCCUCUGGGUUGCAACUAUUUAGUUUGAAGGACACCCAAGAUUUUACCUUUUUACACAAAUACAGGGUCUUUACUAAAAUAAUCUUAAAAAUUAAAUGUUCAAAGCAAAAAUGGAUAACUAAACCAAAAAGAAGGAAAAGCAUAAAGCAGACAAGAGUUUAACUUGUUUGGUGUCUAAAUACAGGGAUCUAGCUGCAGGGAAGUUCCAAAGUUGCUGCCCUCAGUGAUGUCUCCAAUAGCAACAGAUGACUGUAGAAAAUUCUAAAGCCCAGUAUUAAAGCGUAAGAUAUAAAGAGCAGUAGUCAGAUCAAGGUCAGACAGGCUUAGUUCACUCAAUAGGGUAAAUGACUUGAAGGUUAGGGCAGGUGCAGUGGCAGACAGAUGUGGUCAGGUGGCAAGCUGGGUAUGAGACUGAGUAGACAGAACUGUAAAACACCUUUGCCUAUCAUGGGAACCUUAUUGCUCAGACAAAGAAUGAUGGUAGAUGGGCUCCUAAGUAGCCUAGGAUGACAGGGCAUUGACUGAGGAGGAAUAGCAGGCAUGUAAUGAUUCCAGUGCUAGAAGUAACACCAGCAGGCAGAGAGUUGAGCAGGACACCAUAUGAAGAGGCUGGAAGCAUGGGAAGAAGGAGGGCAGCAGCAACAACUGCAGUGGGAGUGUGUGGCACUAUGUGAUGUCUCCACCUCUUUUGUGCCCACUGUUACGGCCAUCACCAGUAGUCAAGACCUCCAGUGGCUGGUCACUCCAGCCCUUAUCUCUUCCAUGGCUCAUUCCCAACCACCACCUGGACCAUCGCUUGACCCUUAUGACCUGCCAGGCCCCAGCUAUGCCUCACCCUCUGGGUCAUCCUAUGGUACAGCUCAGGCUGCUGCUUCUUCUUCUGGACAAGAGGAAACACGUCCGGCAAGAUCCAGAAAAAGACCUAGAGAAGAAGCACUCACCCCAGAGGAAGAGGAGAAAAGGCGAGUCCGGCGGGAAAGGAACAAACUUGCUGCUGCCAAAUGCAGGAACAGAAGACGAGAGCUGACUGACAGAUUGCAGAAUGAAACUGACCUCUUGGAGGAGGAAAAGUCCAACCUUGAGGCAGAGAUUGAUGAGCUGCGCAGACAGAAGGAACAGCUGGAAUUUGCUCUUCUCUCCCACCGAUCGGGAUGCAAACUUCCCUAUGAGGACCCUGACCUGCCCCACACUGAGCCAGCCACAUCAUUCCCCCACGGUGGACUACUGCCUUCAUAUGCCCCUCAGCCGGAGGUAUCAUUCCCUAUCUGUUUGCCUCCACUACCGGACUCAGACUGUACCACAAGCGCGGGAUCUUACACAUCUUCAUUUGUGUUCACCUCCCCAGAGGGAGGAGCCUGUGGAAGCCGGUACCAGCGCAGCAGCGGAAGUGAGCGUUCCUCCUCCGACUCGCUCAGCUCCCCCUCACUCCUGGCCCUCUGAGACAUAACUUCCCUCUCUAUUCUGGGCUAUGUGAGACAUUACCUCCCCAUCUGCUCCUGGCCUUCUAAGACAUUACCCCCCUCAUCUUUCUUCUCGAUCAUUCCUUUUUCUAUUCUUUUGCUUCAUUUGUUGUAUUUGUGCUUGUCCUGCACCUUGUAUUGCCAUAAUCCAUUUGCACCCUUAUGUUCCCUCUAGUAUUUUGGGUAGAUUCUCCACAUUGGAAGGUCUUGCUACCCUGUUAUUGAGGGUUCUAGCUGCCACCUCCUGCUCUUUUCCCAUUUUCCUUGUUUCUUCUCCUUUCCCGGAAGUGUGCGGGGGGCUGAGUGCUGUCAAGAAGAUCUCGCCGUCUACAUUCCGAAAAAAAACUUACUGCUGCCAACAAGAGCCGAAAACCAGGAUCUCCAGAUGAGAGGCUGUGACCACUUCUGUGAGAAUGGGUGUUAUGGGGUGGGUGCAGGAUUUGCCUGAUACUUAGGGCAGCAUUUAAUUUCUUCCCUGCCAGGGAUGCUGCUGCUGAGUAUUUAAUUCCCCCUUCCAUGCAGAAGUUAUUAAAGUGUUUGACCCCCUCCUCUACUUUAUAAGACAUCACAAAGAGUAAUGUGUAUCCCUACCCCCACCCCACUGGGAAAAGAGAAUCCGGUCAUGUUCAUAUUGAAAGUUCCUUGUUUUGUGGUUACCAUUUGGACACUAUUGUGGUCUUCGCCCCUCUUAUGGGUGUAUCACUGUAUAUCGGCUAAGUGAAUGUCAUGAGACCGUGCGUUGUGCGGCACAGUCUGACAUUCCCAAAUGUGAUGAGACUAUAUGUAGGUGUAUACAGAGUGCAGCUCCAUGAUAGUGUAGGGCACAUGCUGAGCUGCACCAUGCACGCCUGUGUAUAUAGAUAUUUCAGAAUAUAUUUUUUUGAUGCUAUAUAUAUUUUUAUAUAUAGAAGUAUUUAUAUACACACAUCUAUAUAUUCCAGCACUGGAUCCAGUCCUGACAAUAUGAGGAGUCCCCUCCCUCCCAGAGCCCACGCAGCGGGUGCAACCAUCGUUGUGUGGAGAGAACUGACCAGCAGACCAGAAGAAAUACUAAAGUCCCUUAAAUAUGUGAAAACUACUCUAGAACCUUCUCCACCUCUGCUGAGAUCCGAAUUCUGGAUGUUACAGGCCUGAAGCUGCACCACCUGCUACGGAUGACAACAUGUGGCCUCCUGAUUUCCGUCAGCUACACUUUUGCUUAAGAAAACCUUGUGGGGAUCCAGAUCACAGUCCACAUUCAGAGCUUCAUCCUGCCUGGGUAUUAGCCGUUAGACAUGAACAUUGAUGUGGAUGGUGAUUGUCUCAGUGGUGCAGCCUUAAUCUUCGGUCCUGUAACUUCCAGGUGAUCAGAUCUCAUCAGAAGGUAGAAAUGAGGUAGCGCUUGUCACAGUUCUCCUGGGUCCCUAAUCCUACUUUACUGUCCACACCGAAAGCAAAGACACUGUGCAUUGUGUUGCCUUUGUCCCUGUGGACAGCAUAUGAGGACCAAGCUACUGGGCCAACAGAAGCUGCUGGAUGCCUGUGGACCCUCCCUGAGGAGCAGUCGUGUUCACUGAUGGGGCCCUACUGUCUGCAGCCACCCGUAAACACUGCCCCUCUGGGAGGGGAGGGCAAGGGGAGGGGCUGUGCUGUGUAUAGUCCCUGUGUUAGUGCUGUAAGAAUUAGAGGAUUAUAUUAUUAUAUAUUAUAUCUAUUUUUUGACUUCAUUAUAGUUUUAUGUCUUUAUUGAACAGUGACCAAUAAAUUGCA